UAAUCCAGCGAAAACCAUGUCGACGCAUACCCACACCAGGGUUGAAGAAGAACUUCACGAAAACGCACACAUUGAUUAUGACCGUGUUGCUAUUCAAUGGAAUCCAUCGGUCGCUCAGUUAUACGAAGAUGCUUUGAAGUAUGAGACUGGCUCUGCCAUCUCUUCCACCGGCGCCUUGGUCACUGCCUCUGGGUUCAAAACAGGUCGCUCUCCCAAGGACAAACGCAUUGUCGACGAACCUGGCUCUAGUAAUGACAUUUGG